CUUGUCCUGGGUGGACCGUGAGUACGUGGUGAGACCCGACCCAAUGGGAGACAGCGCAAGGGAAACGUGAACCGGAAGUCCGUCCUGACUAGCGGCCGUUGGCUUAUGACGCCUAACUCGCGUGCUGAGGCUUGCGACCCGGGCCCUGCGACUUAAGUUCUGUGCGGGCCUGAGAAGCCGGUCAGGUGGCGACGCUGCAGGCCUGAUAUUGCUGAGAUUGUGACCUGGGUUCCUCCGGCGGGAUUUGGAGCCCGGAGUCUCUCGGUUGCUGCAGCCGUGGCCUACUGCUGUACAGAACCCAGGGCGUCUCUCAAGGCGGACGUAGCUGGUGUCGGGACCUAGGCUGGUGUCGGGGCAUGACUAUGGCUGCGGGCCCAAGCUCGCAGGAGCCAGAAGGGCUCCUCAUAGUGAAACUGGAGGAGGACUGUGCCUGGAGCCACGAGGUACCCCCGCCUGAGCCAGAGCCCAGCCCGGAGGCCUCCCAUCUGCGAUUUCGACGGUUCCGCUUUCAGGACGCCCCGGGUCCCCGGGAGGCCCUUAGCCGGCUUCAGGAGCUUUGCCGCGGGUGGCUGCGGCCGGAGAUGCGCACCAAGGAACAGAUCCUGGAGCUGUUGGUGCUGGAGCAGUUCUUGACUAUCCUUCCCCAGGAGAUUCAGAGCAGGGUGCAGGAGCUGCGCCCAGAGAGCGGCGAAGAAGCAGUCACUCUUGUGGAGCGUAUGCAGAAAGAACUUGGGAAACUGAGGCAACAGGUGACAGCUGUUUUACCCGUGGUUUGGCCCGGAAGUCAUUGUGCUAGCCUCUUCUGUAGUCGAAUAUACUUGAUCGUCCUGAGUACACUUUACAGGAAGGAGAGGGAUUUUUUUGUAGCUUAUCCUUUCCUUCCAGAUUGUUCCCAUAUGACGACAGUAGGAAGUGAGGAGCACUUCCACCAGUAUUUAGUUAUGUAGUUAGAAAGCUUCUCACAGGCCUCGUGACUUUGGGCAGACUACUUAAUCUGUUUCGUCCUGUUUUUCUGUUGGCUAAAGCACUGUCUGGGAAUAAUUUUGAGGACUUGGAGAAAAGUAUGUCGUUUGGAUGACACCUACUGCCACUGCUUUGAGGGGUUUGUUUUGUGACAAAGUCUUACGUAGCUCAAGCUAACUGACUCAGUGUGUAGUUGAGCUUGGCUGCAGAACAGUGGUGGUCCUCCACCUUCAGUCUCCCCAAAUUCCGAGUUCUAGGGUUACAGGCAGAGUCUAGAUAUGUAGCCCAGGCUUAAACUCGAGGCAAUCCUCCUGCUUCAGCCUCCCCACUGCUGAUUCCCACAGGCAUGUGCCACUAUCCCAGGCCUAUAUUUAGUGGAUAACACCCAGCAUAUCUUAGUCAAUAGUUUGCAAUACAGAACUGGAUCUCUGCUAAUUGAACUCUGAAAAACAGCUAAGCACCGAGGGGCUAUGGUCGCAGCCUGAUAAGUUCACCUUAUCUAGUAGUGAAACGUGGAAGCAUCUAGAACAGGUCACAAACCAAGGGCGGGGAGCAGAAGUGCUUUUGGAGGAGCCUUUGCCACUGGAAACAGCAGGAGAGUCACCGAGCUUCAAGCUGGAGCCAAUGGAGACUGAGCGAAGCCCUGGCCCCAGGCUGCAGGAGCUGCUAGACCCCAGCCCCCAAAGGGACUCCCAGGCUGUAAAGGAGAGGGCAUUAUCCGCUCCCUGGCUCUCUCUCUUCCCUCCUGAAGGGAAUGUGGAAGAUAAGGAUAUGACUGGGACCCAGUUGCCCGAGAGCCUGGAGGACAUGGCAAUGUAUAUCUCUCAGGAGUGGGACCAUCAGGAUCCUAGUAAGAGAGCUCUAUCAAGGUAUAUGGUACAAGAUAGCUAUGAGAACUCGGGGACUCUAGAGUCCAGCAUUCCCAGUCAGGAGGUCUCAAGCACCCACGUGGAGCAAGGAGAGAAGCUGUGGGAUUCAAGUGUCCAGACCUGCAAGGAAGGCAUGAACCCCAGAAACCCAGUUCCAGGAGUGGAAAAGUUUGAGAACCAAGAAAGAAAUGUUGAGUCUGUUUCUCCUGAAAGUACCCAUCCUCCAGUACUAUUGCCUGGCCAGGCUAGAAGGGAGGUGCCCUGGAGUCCUGAGCAGGGAAGACUUGAUGACAGAGAAGGACAUUGGGAAUGUCCCCCAGAGGACAAAAUAGAGGAGUCUUUAGUGGGAACCCCAAGUUGUAAAGGACUGGUGCAAGCAAAAGAACAGCCCAAGAAACUCCAUUUGUGUGCCUUGUGUGGCAAGAACUUUUCUAAUAACUCAAACCUAAUUAGGCACCAGAGAAUACAUGCAGCAGAAAAGCUGUGUAUGGAUGUAGAGUGUGGUGAAGUCUUUGGUGGACACCCACAUUUUCUGUCACUGCACAGAACACACAUAGGAGAGGAAGCUCAUAAGUGCCUUGAAUGUGGAAAAUGCUUCAGUCAAAAUACCCACCUCACCCGCCAUCAGCGCACCCACACAGGGGAAAAGCCCUUCCAGUGCAAUGCCUGUGGGAAAAGCUUCUCUUGCAACUCCAACCUCAACAGACACCAAAGGACACACACUGGGGAGAAGCCCUACAAGUGCCCAGAGUGUGGGGAGAUCUUUGCUCACAGCUCCAACCUGCUUCGUCACCAGAGGAUCCACACUGGAGAGAGGCCCUAUCGCUGUAGUGAAUGUGGCAAAAGUUUCUCUCGGAGUUCACAUCUUGUUAUUCAUGAAAGAACUCAUGAGAAAGAGAGACUCGACCCUUUCCCUGAGUGUGGUCAAGGCAUGAAUGACAGUGCCCCCUUUCUUACAAACCACAGAGUGGAGAAGAAACUCUUUGAAUGUUCCACUUGUGGGAAAAGUUUCCGGCAGGGCAUGCACCUUACCAGACAUCAGAGAACACACACAGGAGAAAAACCGUAUAAGUGUAUCCUUUGUGGGGAAAACUUCUCUCAUAGAUCUAACUUAAUCAGGCACCAGAGGAUUCAUACAGGAGAAAAACCCUAUACCUGUCACGAGUGUGGAGACAGUUUCUCUCACAGUUCCAACCGGAUUCGUCACCUGAGAACCCAUACAGGAGAAAGACCUUAUAAAUGUUCUGAAUGUGGAGAAAGCUUCUCUCGGAGCUCACGUCUUACAAGUCAUCAAAGGACUCACACUGGUUAGAAAUUGUAGGAUUUCUUUUUGCCUCAGUUUUGGCAGAAAACUGUCUUAUCCAGAGCUGAUAUUCUUUGCCCACUUUGGUGUAUUUUGCUGGUAAUUAAUAUAAAGAGAAAAUGGGACUUAUUUUAAGGGAGGUGCAGAGGUGAAAAACUAGCUUAAAACUAAAAAGUUCAGUCUUCAGAAGAGUUUAAGGUUCUUGAGGUAGCCUGCUCAGGGAUGGUUUCCUAUGAAAUCCAUCCUGUUUUCAGAUGCAUCAACCUUUAUUUUGACCCAGGUAUGGUUUGGAUGCUGUAUAAGUCUAGUAUUAAUCGCAUCAAUUUUGAGGAUACCUCUGGCUUCAACCCCUUAUUUGUGACAUUAAGCAGGAGAGUUUGGGCUCCUGAGGCCCUUGAGACCAAAGAAGGGCUAGGUCCUGGGACACCAAUUUAAGGUCAACAAGCCCUUAAAUUUAAGGUCAACAAGACCUUAGGUUGGGUUGGGGAGUAGGGGGUUGGGUUUUUUGUUGUUGUUGUUUGUUUGUUUUUUUGUUUUGUUUUAGGGCCCUGGCUGGGAAGUCCUGGGCAGUCCAGUUCUGCCACUGCAACACCCCUCUGAGUAGUUCGACAGGAGUGCUUAUUGACAUAAGAGGUGACCUCAGAAAAAAGGGAACUGGAGAGAUAGACAGUUACAAUGUGGAAUCCACAGAUGAACUCUGUGUUUUACAGAUUAAGGGUAUGUGAUUACAGUCUACCUUUCUAAAGAUUUGAGACUUUAUUCCACCUGUCAAAAGGUACCUAGAGCUCUGUAGACAUGAUUAUGAGUGGAGGGUUCCAUGAUUUCAUCAGAUACAAAAAAAAAAAAAAAAGAUCCUAGAGAAAAUAGGAAUUAUGUCUUUCUCUGUUGACAAUGUUUGGAGGAUUUAUAAUAAAUAUCUCCAAGGAAACAUGAA